UGAAUUCCAGUUGCAUUGCGUUUGUCAGCGGAUUAGCAUAACGGAAGUUCUUUACAGAAAGAUAUAGAUUUAAAAUAAAUAAAAUAAAGUUAAUGAAUAAAAAAAUAGUAAUAAAUUGUUAAAAAAGUCGUUUUGAAAUUUGAAACUGUUGAAACAGUAUUUCAAUAUGUUCAAAUUCAUUUCGCAAAGUUGUCACCCCACCAUAAUUCUCCUGCUUCUACUAUCCAAAUCGUCAAAUUACGCCUCUGCUGUCUGCAAUGCUUGUUCGGAAACUACAAAUUUAGCCUGCGUAUCGGAGACGCAGUUCCAAGUGUGCGUUGAUAGCAUACCAACUGGAACGGCGACUACUUGUCCAAGCGGAUACAUUUGUUCGACCAAUUCUACCAGUAUUUGUGAGCCGGAUAAUGAUUCGAAUAUAAUGGCCGAUUGCACCGAAUGCAAUACCUGUGAUGAGAGCAAAACCUUCGCCUGCACUGGAGUACGCACAUACGCACUAUGUCUGGGCACAACAACCGUUAGCGAUUUGGGUGGCACCUGUGCGCCUUAUCACGUGUGUAGCAUCGACUAUGAAUAUAUAUGCGGCAAUGCAACCUUGGGCAUUGAACCCACAUGUCCCACAGCUGAUGAGAUAGCCACCACAACGGUUGCAACUACCUCUACGACUAGUUCAAAUUCGGAAAUUGUAACGGAUCCAGUUGCUUAUUGUCAAAACAUACAAAUAAAUGGUCGCUUUCCAGUCGGCAAUGAUCUUACAACAACAUGUAAACAGUAUGUCUACUGUUUCAUAAAUGCAAACGUUUGGAGUGGCGCGCUCUACUACUGCCCUGGUGCUACUUAUUUUGACAGUUCUUCACGCUAUUGCACACCAAAUGUACCGGCACGUUGCGUAACUUCUACGCAAUCAUUGUAUUUGAAGUCUUUCGAACUCAGUUUCGACGACUAACUAAGCUACAAGAGGAGUGAGUGAUCUAUUUUCAAUUUUGAGAGGCUAUAAAGUUGAGCAGUUGGAGAGAGUUUUUGAAGUUGAGAGAGACAACAAACUCUGUACUCUCACAGAAUGAGAUCAUACACAUUUGUUAGUUUAGAAUUUUUUAUCUUAAGUACCAGGUUAUGCAUUUAAAUAAAUAAGAACAAGGCAAAAUAGCGCCUUGGAGGAUA